UACAGCAGCUGAUACAUUGUAUCUCUCAGCAUCUGCCCCAUACGACUCCUACCUACCUUCUCUCCUACCCUUCUUCUCUUGUGACCUUUUUACCUCUGCCAUUUUCUUGUUUGCUGGCUGGAAUCAGUAGCUGCAUUAUUGGACUCCGUAGGCCAUACUACGUUUGUUAACAGACAUCCCAUCCCAGCCACAGGGGGAAAAUGUCCCUGAAAGCAGCUACCAGCAACAUCACCAACAAAAAUGAUCCAAAAUCACUGAAUUCUCGAGUGUUCAUUGGGAAUCUAAACACAGCGGUUGUGAAGAAGAGUGAUGUAGAAUCAAUUUUCUCUAAAUAUGGACGGGUGGUCGGCUGCUCAGUGCACAAGGGAUAUGCGUUUGUACAAUAUUUGAAUGAGAGGCAUGCGCGGGGGGCUGUCCUUGGUGAGAACGGUCGAGUACUGGCUGGACAGACAUUGGAUAUUAACAUGGCAGGGGAACCAAAACCCAACAGGCCCAAAGGGUUAAAGCGAGCCGCAGCUGCUCUGUACAGUGGUUACGAACUUGACUUUGAUUACUACCGAGAUGACUUCUACGAGAGGCUGUUUGAGUAUCGUGGCAGAGUUUCUCCUGCACCGCGGGCCGUGCCAACUAAACGUCCACGUGUCACUGUGCCAUUAGUGCGUCGAGUAAAAACAACACUUCCAGUCAAAUUGCUUGCUAGGUCAGCGGCAAUCACAGGGAAUGCGGCCAGACUAAAACUGAGAAGCAAUGAGAUCCAGGCCAUUAAAUCCGAACUCACACAGAUCAAGUCCAACAUUGACGCCUUGCUCGGAAGGUUGGAGCAGAUAACAGAUGAACAAAAAACAGUGUCAGCUAUAGCAGCGAGGAAGAAAUCAGACUGCAGUCGAAGUGAGUUUUCACAAGAAGACAGCACGUCAGAGGCAGGAGACACAAACACAGAUGAGCCACUCAACGGGGAUGAAGGAGAGGAUUUAACGCAAGAUGACUGCACAGAUGUCCUGCUUAAUUAGAGGGUGUAUAAACUGCAAAGGGAUGAGGGCCCACGCAUCUACACAUGGACAGCUUCAAUCCAAGGAUUACAACCUGCCUCCCUUUUCAAUGGAAAACACACCAGAACAGUAUUUUGUUUUUCAACAGUCUGUAAAAUUGAAGUAAUUACGUACCAUUCUGCAACAGAGACCACCGGGGACCAGUGUGAAUAGGAAAGCCACAUUUAUACCUACGUUCUAAAGAACAAGAGGAGGAAGACGUGGAAUAAUGUGGCGUGGCAUUAACAAGCCUGUAUUUAAGCGCUGGGAGGUAAAAACGUGGGGGGCGGGGGGGAAAUAACUGAAUUUACAUUUCUUUAAAAUCCUUUCUCCAUGUCAUAACAUGGACGAGGCACAGUAAUGGAUAGAUUCUGUUAAUGGUAUUUUAACUCUGCCAACAACAGGUCUAUGGCUAUCUGGUGUGCGAAAUAAAGAAUCAAGUGAUAUAUGUAAAAAUCCUAACUUGCAUAUUGAUAAUGGCUCUAUGGACUAAGGCAUUCUAUGUAAAGCUAUUAAUUUUGUGCCAUUAUACGUGUGCAGUGAUAGUAUUACACAAUGUCCAAAGUUGAAAAUUGGCAAACUUUUGAUGUUAAACAUCGAAGGGCUCCAUACAUUCGGGUGACCCCUCUCUCUAAAAUCAAAACGCAGCAGCAUCAUACCGUAGCCGGCCAGAUGUUGCAGUCAUCAGAACAGAUUUUUACACUUGUAAGUAUAUUAUGUGUUUUUGCUUUUCGAAGUACAUCUUUGAAAAAAUUCUCUGAUCUAUUAAAACUAAUUGAGCAGUUUGCCACCCGAUAGCUUGUGAAGAUGAUUAAAGUAAUGUCUAGAUUAAAAAAAACAAAACAAAAAAACUCUGUAAAUGGACCACACCGCGCAUUCACUUUUCUCAACUUUAUUCGUCAGAAUCUGUCCGUCACGUAAAGAAAAUCAAAGCCGUAACGAGCUGCUGCCUGUAAAUACAAGGGAUGUAAUUAAGAAGGGAAGUUAAAAUAAAAAGAAAAAAAUGUUUUCUAACUUUUUUAAAUACUGUAUUUCAAUACAAACAAAUGUAUGGCUAAGUAUAUGGGUCUAUAUAGUGCUGUGGGAUGUGAGUUAUAUAACAAACAAAAAUGAGAGGAUGUUUCACUAAACUCAGGAGGAGGGGGACACGAACAUACUGAUCUACAGUAUAUAUUUGUGUUAAAAAAAAUAUAUAUUGUGUCUACUCUUGAAAAGCGUGUUAAAUCUGUGCCAUUUGGUCUUGUAUAUAUAUGUAUGAUCCUGUAAAAUAAAAACCUGAAAAAGCA